CUGAGCCGGUGCUGCGCAGAGCCGGGGGGUGGCGGCGGCGGCCCCAGAGCAGGGCAUGGUGCCGCCGGGCUGAGCGCUGGCACGCAGCGGGGGGGUGAGCAGAGCCAUGGAGGGGCCCGGCCAGGACACCGAGGACGCGCUACGCAGGAGCCUGGACCCCGAGGGUUACGAGGACACCAAGGGCUCCAGGAUAUCCCUGGGGGGGAUGAGCAGGGCUGUUGGUGGCGUUGGGUCCCCCCUGCAGAGGGCGAGAGCUGAGCAGCUGUCCCCGCUGCGCCGCUUUCUGCCCAGCCACCGGGGAUCCUAUGAUGUGGACGGGAGGAGGCGCGAGGUCGGGGCCCCACCGGAACGGGACGGUGGCAGAGGGCAGACUCCAUCGGUGACCGAUGUGGACCUGGAGGCCGCGGAGAGCAGACGGCCCACGGCCCAGAGGGACACCCAUGAGGGCUACGUGGAGCUGCACGAGUUGGUGCUGGACAGCAAGAAGGAGCUGUGCUGGAUGGAAGCCGGGCGCUGGCUGCAUCUGGAGGAGAGCAUGGAGCCGGGGGGGACCUGGAGCUGCCACCUCCCCCUACUCACCUACAACGGGCUGCUGGAGCUGCGCCGUGCCUUCGCCAAAGGCAUCGUGCUGCUGGACGUGGCAGCCACCUCGCUGGCAGCCGUGGCCCACACACUGCUGGAGCAGCUCAUCUACGAGGGGCAGCUGAAGCCGCAGCACCGGGAGGACGUCCUGCGGGCGCUGCUGCUGCAGCACAAGCAUCCCAGUGAGGCUGAGUCGGUGUGGACGCUGCCAGCGGCGCAGCUGCAGCACUGGGAUGGGGAGCAGAUGGACGCGGAGCACCGGGCACUGCUGCAGGAGCAGAGGGCCUUGGAGAUGAAGGAGCUGCGUGGGGCUGAGAUGAGCCCCCCUGGGGCGCAGCUCGGCCCCCAGCUCCACCAGCAGAUCCCUGAGGAUGCCGAGGCCACUCUGGUGCUUGUGGGCUGUGCCGCGUUCCUGGAGCAGCCCACUCUGGCUCUGGUUCGGCUCCGCUCGGCGGUGCCGCUGGACGCGGUUCUGGCGGCGCCGAUCCCGGUGCGCUUCGUGCUGACGCUGCUGGGACCCGACAGCCCCCGCCUGAGCUACCGGGAGAUCGGCCGCGCCGCCGCCACCCUCAUGUCUGACCGGGUCUUCCGCCGUGACGCCUACCUGUGCGGGGGCCGCGGGGAGCUGCUGGGGGGGCUGGAGGAUUUCCUGGAGGCCAGCAUCGUUCUGCCGCCCCGCGAGGCGCCCAGCGAGCAGCACCUGCGCGCCCUGAUCCCACUGCAGCGCCAGCUGCUCCGCCGCCGCCACCGGCACCCCGACACCACGCACGGCCACGGCGUCCCCAAAGACGCAGGGAUUAAGGAUCAGGCUCCGGAGGACGACGACCCGCUGCUCCGGACGGGGCGGCCGUUUGGGGGGCUGCUGCGGGACAUCCGCCGCCGUUACCCCAAAUACCUCAGCGACAUCAGGGACGCGCUCAGCCCGCAGUGCCUGGCUGCCGUCAUCUUCAUCUACUUCGCAGCCCUGUCACCCGCUGUCACCUUCGGAGGCUUGCUGGGUGAGAAGACCCGCGGGAUGAUGGGGGUUUCGGAGCUGCUGGUCUCCACCUGUGUGCAGUGUUUGCUCUUCAGUCUGCUCAGCGCCCAGCCUCUGCUCGUCGUCGGCUUCUCAGGGCCGCUGCUGGUCUUUGAGGAGGCUUUCUACUCGUUCUGCGAGGCACAGGGCCUGGAUUACAUCGUGGGCCGGGUGUGGAUCGGCUUCUGGCUGAUCCUGCUGGUGCUGGUGGUGGUGGCCUGCGAGGGCAGCGUCCUGGUGCGCUUCCUGUCCCGCUACACACAGGAGAUCUUCUCCUUCCUCAUCUCCCUCAUCUUCAUCUAUGAGACCUUCGCCAAGCUCGUCACGAUCUUCAAGGAUCACCCGCUGCAGUGGGAAUACAGAGUGCAGAACGCCACAGACCCAGCGGUGCCCAAACCCAACACGGCGCUGCUGUCCCUCGUCCUCAUGGCCGGCACCUUUUUCCUCGCCCUCUUCCUCCGCAAAUUUAAGAACAGUGUGUUCCUGCCCGGCACGAUCCGGCGCCUGAUCGGGGACUUCGGGGUGCCCAUCUCCAUCUUCAUCAUGGCCAUGGCUGACUUCUUCAUCAAGGACACCUACACGCAGAAACUGAAGGUGCCCAGAGGGCUGGAGGUGACCAACAGCGCGGCCCGGGGUUGGUUCAUCCACCCCAUGGGCAUCACGGCCCCUUUCCCCAUCUGGAUGAUGUUUGCCUCCGUGGUGCCGGCCCUGCUGGUCUUCAUCCUCAUCUUCCUCGAGACGCAGAUCACCACCCUCAUCGUCAGCAAACCGGAGCGGAAGCUGGUGAAGGGCUCAGGGUUCCACCUGGACCUGCUGCUCAUCGUGGCCAUGGGCGGCGUGGCCGCACUCUUUGGGAUGCCCUGGCUGAGCGCCACCACGGUGCGCACCAUCACGCACGCCAACGCUCUCACCGUCAUGAGCAAGAGCUCGGCGCCGGGAGAGAAAUCCCAGAUCUUGGAGGUGAAGGAGCAGCGCAUCAGCGGGCUGCUGGUGGCCGUGCUGAUCGGCGUCUCCAUCCUGAUGGAGCCCAUCCUGAAGUUCAUCCCGCUGGCCGUGCUCUUCGGCAUCUUCCUCUACAUGGGCGUCACGUCGCUCUUCGGCAUCCAGCUCUUCGACCGCAUCCUGCUGCUGCUGAUACCCCCCAAGUACCACCCCAAGGAGCCCUACGUCACCCGGGUGAAGACGUGGCGGAUGCACAUCUUCACCCUCACGCAGAUCCUCAUGCUGGCGCUGCUGUGGGGGGUGAAGGUGAGCCCCGCCUCCCUGGCGCUGCCCUUCGUCCUGGUCCUCACCGUGCCGCUGCGGCGCCUCCUGCUGCCCCGCAUCUUCAGCGAGAUGGAGCUCAAAUGCCUGGACUCAGACGAUGCAGCGGUGACAUUUGAAGAGACGGAGGGCCAAGAUGUGUACAACGAGGUGCAGAUGCCCAGCUAAGGGCCCACCGUGCCCCCACCCACGUGUCGAUCCACCAUGGCCCCCUCAGAGCCGCAUCCUGCCCACAGCAUCCCGCUGCAGCGCCCCGGGGUAGGGAUGUCAACAGCACAGGGGGUUGGGGUUCGUAAUGCAGAGAAUCACUGCAAAAACACCAACAAAAAAAAAAGAAAAAAAAAAGAAGAAGAAAAGAAAAAAGAAAAGAAAAAAAAGAAAAAAAGAGAAGAAAAAGGGAGAAAAAAAAAAGGGGGAAAAAAAAAGGCAAAAAAAAAAAAGCACCAGCGCUUCUGCAGAGAAAAGCCAACGCUUGUGGCAGUAGAGCUUUGCUCAGAAGAGGAGAGGAGAGCGGAACAGAGGGCGCAAAGGCACUGAGAAGCAGCAGCUGCUGCCAGGAGCGAGCUGUACAGCGCUGUAAUUUAUUGCUGUGUGUACAUAGGGCUGAGGGGAGGGACUGCGGGCGGCUCUGUCUGUCCGUCCGUCCGUCCGUCCUGCUGCGGGUGUUGCUCAAUGCUUUGCUGCCGGCUUUCAGCGUUCCACUCCAACCCAUCUCGUUCUCCCUGGAUUGUUCCCCGCCAUGACGGCUGCUUGCUGCCCACCGCCGGCCCCAGGCCUGCUCCCAAUGGGAUUUCCCAAGCCUUCCCAAUAGGAUCACUCCUAAACCCAUUGCAAUGGGAAAUCCCAAAUCCAUUCCAUUGGGAUCACUCCCAAAGCCAUUCCAAAUGGGAAAUCCCAACCCCAUUCCCAUUGGGAUCACUUCAAAACCCAUUCCAAUGGGAUUUCCCAAACCCAUUCUAUUGGGUUCAC